GUCCUUGUUGUCAAUCACUGUAGCCCCGCCUAAUUGUGGAUUUCGGCUGUGAAGUCUGCGGUCCCGUGAAAUAAUCAGUCGCUCAGAUUGGUCGAGAUGGAAGUCGGUGCUAGCCUUGCAUGAUCAACACAUCAACAUGCAAAUUGAGUCUAAAUUCACUCCAGCGUGAACAAAUUCCGUGCACUCUACGAAGACUCAUUUGUGACAACUUGAGAAAGCCCUCUGCCUGCGUCUCUCACGCUCUAUUUCCGCAGAGGGAAGACGGUGAGAACUCGCAAUACAAGACAAUCAACUUGCGAGUUUAUCACCAUGAAAAUAAUAGCUAUUUUUAUUUUUGUUUUGGUGUUUGUUGGUUUAAGUCUGCAGUUAGAUGAAGAAUUUUUAAACGAUGAGUAUAAUGAUGACGAUAGCGAGUUUACGAAUUCAUGGGCCGUUGAAUUAGACUCGGAUGACGAAGAGCUUGCUAAAGAAGUAGCGAGGAAGCAUGGGUUUAAGUACGCUGGUAAGAUCGGCGGGCUGCCAGGCCAUUUCCAUCUAUAUCGAGACGAGCACGAUGGAGAAGACUCCAAACGAGGAGGAAUAGUCUACCCUGAGCUGAAAGAGCAUCAGAACGUGAAAUGGCAUGAGCAGCAGCGUACGCUCUCCCUCCACAAGAGAAGCCUGAGCGUCAAACGCGUCGUGCCGAACUUCUAUAAUGACCCUAUGCUACAAGACCAGUGGUACCUAAAGAGUUUUGGUCGAAACGGGGUACCUAUGAAUAAUGACAUGAAAGUUAUGGACGCUUGGGCAGAUGGUUAUACUGGGAAAGGCAUUGUUGUUACAGUUAUGGAUGAUGGCUUGGAUCACACAAAUGAUGACCUAAAACAUUAUGACCCGAAAGCAAGUUUAAACUUGAACGGCGCAACCAAUGGCGAUACCACCGGGAAGGAUCCUAUACCUAGAGACGAACCCGAUCAGUACCACGGAACCAAGUGCGCAGGGGAGAUAGGAGCUAAGUCUAAUAAUGGGUUUUGUGGAGUUGGUGUAGCACCUGACGUGAACCUGGGAGCAAUUCGAAUGCUGGAUGGAAAAGUAACGGGUAUGACCGAAGGGCAUGCAUUUUCACAUAAUCCUCAAUAUGUGGACAUCUACAGCGCCUCCUGGGGCCCUAAGGAUAAUGGUAAAACCCUGGCAGGUCCUUCAAGUCUCGGCCGCAAAGCUUUAGAACACGGAGUCAAACGGGGAAGAAACGGGAAAGGUUCGUUGUAUGUGUGGGCAAGCGGAAAUGGCGGCGCGUCCUCAGACGACUGCAAUUGCGACGGGUACACUUCCAGUAUCUACACAAUCGCCGUCGGCUCCGUCAGUGCCGCAGGAGGCUCCACCUUCUACGACGAAAAGUGCCCCUCCACUUUGGCUGUGGUCUACAGUGGAGACAGCGACCUGAGUAGGACAAAACUCGGAGGAAACCACAAACUGGUCACGACAGGACCGCAUAACUCGUGCGUGGAACAUUUUGGUGGGACGUCAGCAGCUGCUCCUCUUGCCGCCGGAGUCGUUGCCUUGACUCUCCAGGCAAACCCUGAGUUGACUUGGCGAGACAUGCAGCAUUUAAUCACACGAAGCACCGACCAACUUCAAAAGGACGACCCUUCAUGGAAACGCAACGCAGCGGGUUUUUUGGUCAGCAACAAGUUUGGAUUUGGUCUCCUCAAUGCCCACAAGCUAACAACAAAUGCAUUGAAAUGGAAGCGCGUCCCUGAUCAAAAAAGGUGCGAAAUUGAAGGGCCGAUUCCUCCAGUGCCUUUAAUAAAAAGAAAUAAAGAGGUCGUGUUGAGAGUGAGGACGAAUGGGUGCGAGGGGUCCGAGAACGCCAUCAAGAGACUAGAGCAUGUACAGGCGAUCAUCACACUGGCUCACCGAAAGCGCGGCGUCUUGAGUAUCGAUAUACGAUCGCCUCGUAAGACCGCGAGUAGGCUGCUGUCGACAAGACCUCUUGAUGAGUCUGCUUCUGGGAUCAAAAACUGGCCCUUCAUGACCGUUCAAAUGUGGGGCGAGGACCCAAAGGGAGAGUGGGAAGUGGUCAUCCGCGAUAACAGCGAACUGGUCAAGAAAAAAAGGAGCACGCGACGACGAUUCCGAAGGUCACUGGACGAGGAGGAAAAAGAGUUGACGGUGAGUGAUGAAGCCAAGGAUAUAGAAGACGAGGCUUUCAUAUACGAUGUCCCAUUCAGACAUGAAGUCACUCUUGAAGACGAGAACGACGAUGAUCAGACGGACUAUCCACGCGGCGAGGAAGACGAAAGUGAUGAGGAUGAGAGAAUGAGCAGGCUUCAAAAAUGGUCUCUUGUGCUGUACGGCACGUCAGAGUAAAUGGUUUGGAGGUCGUUCUCGUCUAAGUAUUAACUGGCCCACUAACGUAUUAUCUCUUGUAUAGUACUUCAAAGAACUACUUUUUCUUGCACCACUAUCCUUCGAAACACUGAUCUAGACUUGUGUCGUCACUUGAACCAAGACUAGCACAUGUAUUGUCCAACUUUGCUAUGAAAACACACACAGUAUUGGGGUGAGGAAGAGUUUGUCUGCAUCUAGAGCCCAGUGCAAACAGCGUCAGCAUUGCUGAGAAAAUUAAACUGCAUCAUUGUGCAAAGCAAUACGGCGCUGUUUGUUUGCCAUGUUGUGAGGUGGUGCGAAAUAUAAUAAUUCCCUUGGCCUUCCGAUCGAACUAGCAAGGACAUGCCAGCAAUACUGGGCGAUUUUUACGCGCUCGAUCUUUUCGUCCUUGGGUCUGUUUUCUUAGACGAGAACGAAUAUAAUGAAUGCGCUUAUGGUAUGAAAAAUUCCUUUUUCUAGUGAUAACAUCAUCAACCUUUUCCAGCGGUUCUUGUUCACAUUUCAUUUCACGUGCUAGUAUUCAAUAAAAGUUAGACCUAAGGCAAAAUAACGUACCUCUAGAUUUCACUUUUUUUUCUCUGCUAAUAUACAGUAUACCCGAACAUCUUCACAGAGGUCAAACAAUUAAGGACUCCCCGGAAAAGGUUAUAGACAGGAAGAGCCUUAGAUUUGUGUACAGUACGACCUUCCUUAGUCCUCAUAUUGUUCUGGAAAUAGGUGCUUUUUAUACAAUAAGCUUAACGACGACGUGUCUUUGUCACGCACUCGCUGAAAAAUUCGAGUGGCUUGGCAAAGACACGAAGUAAUGAAAUGAAAAGUAUCAGAUAUUAAUUACUACCAAUAUAUUUUUACACUGAUGACAUUCUGUGAAAGGGAGGGUAAGUUAAUGGUUAUACCCGAGAGAAUGAAUUCCCAGGGGACGAAAUUUUAGAAUUAUUUUGUAUUAGAGUGGUUUUUCAAAAUCCCGUGCAACAAAAUGUAGUUGUUAAAGUGUAAUAGUCAAGCCAGAACAAAAAAGAACAAAGAGAUUACAGUGUAUUAGUACUAAAUAAACUAAAUAGUAUUUCACGGGUUUUUGAAAACCACUCUUUUUCAACGAGUUAUUUUAUUUGGUUAAAUUGUUUUAGAUAAAAAUCUAUGUUAUUUCACAUAAUGGGGGCAUAACAUUUAAGAUAGACAUACUGUUUAGGGCGGUGCAGGUUAAUAAAAGGUAAUUCGAAUAUUGUAUUUUAAAUAGCAACGUGCGCUGACGUGGCCAACUUGACAGUUUGUAAAGUAAACCAAUGAGGAUGGGAGAAACGUGCUACCUAACAUGAAAUAACCAGCGUGGGGAAAAUUACACACCAGAACACGAUAGAAUCUGCAUGUCAAUCAAAACAGUAAAUCUCACAUGCUGACCAACAUUCUUAAAACUUGUCAUGUAGUCACGGUAGUGUGCAUUGCACUAUUUAUGUCUCAAUAAAAUGGAAUUACUUUUCUUCUAAA